AUGAAGAUUGCAACAACUUCAGACGGUCCAAAGUAUACUGAGUUAGAGAAGGUUAUGGAUUUUAGUAAGACAUGGUCUGAACCGAAAAGGAUGAUGGUUGGUAGGCUGAUGUUAUUAUCUGUUGCAGUACAUGGCAUACAUCAUGGUUCUAGGAUCCCUCUUUCCAGUGCUAAAAGGGUUUUUGAUCCAGUUGGUUUUGAAAAACAUCCUUGGGGUCGAGUGGCUUUUACUUGCCUAGUUAAUUCAGUGAAGAUUGUUGACUUAGAUAAAGACUCUUACACGGUUCAAGGAUGUGUGCAUGCUUUGUUGAUUUGGUUGUAUGAAAGUGUUUCUGGCAAUGGAGAACUAUAUGGGCUGAGAAGGUCUACGAGUACUGGCAUUCCACUUCUUGAUUGGCACUCAAGCCGGAAAGGUAUCAAGAUUGAUGAAUUCAUAAAGAAUGAGAUGGCUAAACAUGGACAUGUGCGUGUAAAGCACAUGGUUCAACCGUUGGAGGAAAAUAUGUAUCCUAAAUGGAGUGACGACGUGGAGAAGGAUCCAGCGCUAGACAACCUGAUUACUGAUCUUGUCCAUCAUUGUUUACCUUCAGAUGUUUGGAAAGUUGACAAAACAGUGACCAUGGGAAGAAAAAAAGGAAAGCUAAGGAAAAUGUGA